AAAAUCUCAAUUUUGUUUUAUUUUUUUAAAGAAAGCUCAGAAAAGUGUUGUGGGUUUGUUUUCCAGGGUCAUGAAGAAGAUGACAGGAAGGUAAGACGGAGAGAAAAAAACAGAGUGGCUGCCCAGAGAAGCCGCAAGAAACAGACACAGAAAGCAGAUAAACUGCACGAGGAAUAUGAGUGCCUUGAACAAGAAAAUACCUCCCUGAAAAGAGAAAUUGGGAAGCUAACAGAUGAGAUGAAACAUUUGAGUGAAGUGUUGAAGGACCAUGAAAAGAUCUGCCCUUUAUUGCACUGUUCCGUGAACUUUGUGACCAUACCUAGGCCUGAUGCCCUCACCAGCUGCCUGCCAAGAUGACAGCUGCUCUUUUAAGUGCUGAUUAUUGUUGUACAGGGACAGGAGAGAUUUAAAGAUCCAGCUGCUUCUCCUUACAACAAUACAGGUAUAUCCUGCCCUUGCAGAGAGAUGUUCUUGACUUAAUAAGUCUUUUUCACACACAAGUGUCUUGCUCUGCUGAAUCUCAGGAAAACACCAAUAUGGGGAAAACAAGACUGAGUUACAUUUUCUGCCCAGUAGAAAUUGGAUCA